GUAACCACCUCGUUAAUUCCCGUCGCAUAUCCCACCAAGCCAUGUCUCCAGCAGCCCUCAACGCGUCCAACGACAGUCCUUCACCCACAAAGCUCAAGACCAAGUCGCCAAAACCGCGUCAGCUUCAGCUGCUCGACUCCAAUUACUCUCCCAACCCUUCCACGUAUUCGCAGGUCGAAAAGUCUCAGCGCAGGCACAGCUCCAUCGCGUACAAGACGUCGUCUCCUGUCCCCCAAGAGUCAGACGUCUCUCCGUCUGUCAACGCGUCUCCUUCUUUACGCGCCGAGCGUCGCCAGAGCUCCAUCACCUACAUAUCUUCUCGCGACGUCAACGGAGUCGUAUCUCCCUCACCUCCGUCCUCCUUCAACACCAGAAGACCCCAGAGUUACAGCCAUGCACCCAGAGACUCUCGCCGGCAGUCAUCGAUAUCCUACAUCGCGCCUGGCGAAAAUUCUCCCGAAUCACCUCUCGGUCGACCAGGAUACAAAAGGGGAAUGUCGGAGAGCGGAAAUGGUGUCUUUGAGUUGGAGCGCGCCAGCGGUCAGGGAGAGAGCACCAGCAAAAGGCAGAGCCUCAGCUCUGUCGCAUCGGGUGCAUCAAGAGGUCCUUUGACCCUCACAGAGCAGCAUGCAGACCUAUUGCGCUCAAUUGCUCAACACGAGUCGCGUCGUAUGGAGCUGAAAGGCCAACUAGAAACCUGCGAGGCGGAUUUGGGUAAACUAAAACGACAAUGGGAGCGUAUCGUUCAACGUGGAAUCAGCCCGAAUUCAACUUUCCACAAUCCAUCGCCCGCAGAUACAUCAGGCGCAGUUCUGGGAGGCAUCCGCGAAGGUGUUCAAGAAGUUGGCCGUAUGCUUGCCAUGGGUUUGGCCGACCUUUCGUCCCCGGCGAUGCCCAUCACGCCACGGCAUGCGACACGGGAAUCCGAUUCCUCUGCGUCGUCAGCCGAAACCGCGUUCUCCACUUUUGGGUUCAACGACGGCCGUGGUAGCAGCGAAUGGGGCGAGGAACUCUCUCCAAAAGACGGUCAAUUCAAACCUAGCCCCCAAAUCCCCGUCGAGAAUCUGCCAGCAAAGGUUACUCGGCGGCGCUCGGUGAAAGGCAGUGGAGAUCUGACGUCCCGGAGCGGCCAGCACGCCGCUUCCUCUUCGACGUCGAGCGCGAUUGAUCCUUCGAUCCGCGUUCCUGCUUCUCCUGUAUUGUCAUCCGCCGUACCAGAGCCUGAUGAAACACACCCGUCGGCGAAACCGGAAGGGUUGCACAUCGACACCGCCUCUCCGAAGUCGAAACGCAACAGCCUCGCCAUGUCGGGGCUCCCGCCCCCGAGCCCGAUGCCGGGCCUGAACUCGCUAACGGUCGUCGGGAGCAGCACUCCCAUGUCCUCGUGGGCCGGGAGCAUCGGGAAGCGAUGGGGCGAGCUGACGAACGGAGGGUCGUCGAAGCACGGGCAGAAACGUGGCUCGUCCCUGUUCUCGGAUGUGCUCUUCUCGGAUGUCUCGCAGAGCCUCGCCAAUGCGUUUGGACCUGCAUCGCCUUCUCCUGCCACCCAGUUGGCCAUCCCCGGAGCUCGUACUGGAACAUCUAGCAGCAGCCGCAGUCAUGGUCAUAGUCACAGCAAGACGAUGCCCUCACCUGCGCCGAGCAGCCGGUCGUUCCUGGACGACGACGAUGACGAAGGGCAGGCGCUCAACGUUGGAAGCGUUCUCAUACCUGACUCGGCGCCGAGCGUAAAGAGCAGAUCGUCGGGACCCAAGACUGUCACGCCGAAUGCGGAGACCGACUUUGACGACGACUGGAACUGGUAGAUCCAGUCUGUUAUUAACUGUUAAUAAUUUUUAUUGACUGUGCAAAGCCGCUCGAAGGUGAUGGCAUAUAGAAGAUGUGGUAAACUAUGUAACGAUCUCACGACAAAGUACGAUAUAAGCUCGGUAGGGCUUUGGUUUCUCUUAUUAUGCUCAGUUAACGGUGUCUGUGCUUUGGAUUGGCAUACAGUAUAUCCCAUUGUAUAGUCUUGAUUUGGAUCACAAUGAAAAG